AGUUAAUAACGAAAACAAAAAUCUUGUUUGAUUAUGAAAAAGUCUUUUGAUUACAGUGAUUAUCAAUCAAAAUGUAGAAAUUGCUUCAAGGUGUUUGACGUUGACAAGAAAAGUUUAAAAUAUGAAGAGAAACAUAAAAUUAUGAUGGAAAAUAUUGUGGGAUUUGAGAUCCCAGCCCAUGGAAGCGAAAAGAUUUGCAGCGGAUGUCAAGCAGUCAUUACAGAGUUUUCUAAAAUUAAGAAUCGAAUGAUUGUCUUGCAAAAAGGCUUCAACAAUCACAUGAACAGACAACAAGAUACAGAAAUGAAGACAAAGGAUCAAGAAAUGCUUCAACAAGUUCCAAAAAAAAUCUCAAAUUCACUAGAAAUUGAACGUGUGUCGGAUGAAUAUUUCAAAGAACUUAUAGACAAACAAAGAAAUUCAUUCGCGUGUUUGAUUUGCCACAAAUAUUUUUCAUUCAAAUUCUCAGCAGUUUCACAUUUAAAAACUGUUCACUUGAAAAUUAAGGGAUACAAAUGUGACAUUUGUGAAUAUAGAGGAGGCUCAAAAUGCAAUCUUCAACGACAUGUUCAACGCAACCACAUCCCAGAUUUUUCCUUAAAAGUUAAAUGUCCAAAUUGUGGUUCAUUCAUCUCCAAGAAAUAUUUGCUGCAACAUCGAAUGAGAAUGCACAGUGGAGAAGUAGAAGGCGAACUGAAAUGUCGAAAACGUUAUCGUUGUUGUAACAAAACUUACGUUUCUCUUGGAAGUACUUUGAAGCACUGCAAGAAAUUCCACAAAAGUAACAAAGUUUACGAAAUCAUUCCAAAUGAAGUUAAAGUUUGAAGUUUUGAAUUUAAAUAAAAUUAUUGACAAUUAUUCUUGAAUUUGUACGAAA